AUGAAGAAAGGAAUCAAAAAGUGUCAUGAUGCGAAUAAUCAAUUCAAAAAUGGCAUUACCAAUGGAGCAAAAUGGUAUUCUCUGGUUGGAGGAAUGCAAGACUACAACUACCUACAUACUAACUGUUUUGAAAUAACUCUGGAACUUGGCUGUGAAAAAUUUCCUGAUGCCUCUGAAUUACCGAGAUAUUGGAAGGAAAAUAAAAUGGCUUUACUCAACUAUAUUGUACAAAAUAAAAUAAAGUGGUUGAAAGGUUUCUCUGCUAGUAGACUUAUCACACCAAAAAUUUUCAGGUCAAUCCCAUUAAUCCAGUUGAAUUAUAGUCAAUUGAGUACACAAAUGUCAAUACCCAGGGAACAAAUUGAAGACUGUGUACAAAAUGUAUGCACCACAUUAACUCAAUAUUUACACGAUGAGAAAUUUGUGGAAAUUAUAUUUAACGAUAUUGGAAAAUUACGUAUAAAGAAAAGAAAAUCAAAGUUCUGUUUUUUCAAUAAUUUCCUGAGUGAACUUGAUAGUAGUGGAAAGUUAGCUCAAACAUUUUACAAUCGCCCAGAAUCAUCUGACUGCAUAACAACGGAUCGAUCUGAAAUUAGUGUUGGAAGCAAUAAGUCUAUAAAGUCCAUGGAAAAAUUAGCUACAAUAGAUGAAAAUGAACUGUAUUCUUCUUCCAUGCCUCCUUUAAAUGAAAGAAAACAUCAAUCAGGAAGACAAGAUGAUCAAAUAAGGAUAAGAAGUAAAUCUUCAGGAAAAGAUGACCUUCAACCACUUGAAAAUGAAAAUGAUUCCUUGGCGUCUUGUAUUUGUACCAGUCGAAUAAACCAAAAUAAUCAUGUUCUCCCAAUUCAGAAAGUCAAGGAACCUGAAAUUCCACCUAAAUCACCCGAAGAAUUAACUUCGGAAAAUAUACUAAACACGGAUCAUCAGAAUCUCAAUCCACCUGAAAGUGUUGUUCCUUGCAAUGAAACGAUAGAUAAUGGUUUCAUUAAGCCGGAUUUGCCGAGACUUGGCGUGACUGACUUUGAUCUGUGCACUAAGGAAGACUCGAGAUACACUAGUCAUUGUUCUGCAUCAAGCUUCAGUUCCAAACUUUCCAACUGUUCAAAAUCUUCACUUUCUAGCGUGCGUUCAGUGAAGAGCAAUAUUGAAGAAUUAGAAAAACGAAUACCAAAAAUUGAUGAAAACUGCAGUCAUACCAUAAACAAAAACUAUGGACUUUGCUAUUUAUGUCACCAAAGGCGCAUACGAAAUACACCAGUGGAUUUAAAAGAUGAAGUAAGACAGAGAGAACAAGCUGAAGAAGAACUAUUACGAAUGUAUCAAGAGAUGAGAGCAAAUAACGAAGCCAAACAGGAACAAGAGGAUCUAUUAAACAGACGUAAUGAGUUAUGCAAACAAGCAGCCUAUAAUCUGGGUGUUGCCUGUUCUAGACGGAUGAAAAAGUCUUACGUUGACUCAACAAACUAUCAGACAUUUAUUAUGAGUAAUAGACCUCCCACACCGCUUCGUCAAAUUAAGCAGAAUGCACUGAAGACCGAAUUAGAUGAUCAAGUUAAACAACGGUUAUCUAAUGCCAAUCGCCUAAGAAAUCAGGAACUUUGUUUGGAUAAAUUGGAACAAGCUAAAUUAACGGAAGAAUUGGAGAGUCAAAGAAAACAAAUGUACCUAAAUAAGUUACAGAACCAGUCUGCAUAUAAAGAAGCUUUAGAUUUCCAGAUGAAACACAAGCCUGAAUAUAUACCCAAAUCAGUAAAUAAUUCAAUGGGGUUAAUGUUUAAAAUAUUUGAAGACAAUGAUAAGAAAUUAGUUGAGCGUCAUGUAAUUGCAAAAUCUGUCCAAAAGCAUCAGUUGAAGUCGAUCGAAGAAUCUAAGAAUCAACUAAGAAAUGAACAACUCCAUGAAAAGGAGCAAGAAGUGAAAGUAUUAAAACGUGUUCAUGAUAAUUUAUUUGCAGAUAAGUUGCAGAGAAAGCAAGAAGAAAAAGCUAUGCGUCAGUACUUACAAAAUGAAUGGUUCAAAGCUGUACAAUUGAAACGUGAUAAAGAAUUACACGAGAAGUUAAGAGACCGGAGUGAUCGGAGCCUUUUGUUAUUAGAGCAAACUGAUGGGUACAAAAGAUGUUCUCAGUGUAGACGUCGUCUAGAUAAUGUUGGCCAAUCAAAUAUGACAACAGACACUUAUGUCCGGGGAAGACAUUUUGUCAUUUAG